AAAAUAAGAACUUUUCAUACUUUACAUUUUCAAAUAACACAUUCCUUCCACUUUACAAAAAAGAGUUUACAACCUUUGAGAUUGAUGUAGUUAAUGGAUCUCUACUGAAAUUCUUGUAUUCGGUUCAAUUAGGUUAGGUUAGGUUAUGUUAUCCUUGGUUAUGCGGUAAAAUAUAAUCUCAGUAGAGAGAACUGCUAUUUUAAAUAAAAUAAUACAAGGGGAAUUUAUUUUAACAAAAUGGCACGUCUAGUUAAUAGACUGACGUUUGAAGAAUUGAUAAAAAUGCAAAUUGUUAGAAAGCACGGUAAUAGAGCAGCAGAUCAUUGGGCUGUAAUUAGAAAGAAGAAAACGCACACAGGCAGAGCACUGAAACAUUUCGAUGAAUUCUAUGGAAAUGUCUAUGGAAAGUCAUGGAACAGUAUAAAAACUGCACUAUUAAAGGAAGAGCACAAAUAUAUGGCUAUUGUAAAUAGCUUCAGUGAUAUAGAUAGAAUAAAGUCAAAUUUAGAGUGUCAAGGUGCCAUGAACCUCAAAACAAUCUAUGAAGCUUAUAAAGAACAGAUUGAUUCAAAUCCACAUAAAUGUAAUAAGAAAAAGGAACGACAAACAAAAAAUUGGAAAACGGAAUCUUUGAUUGCUGAUACUCAGCUAUCAACAGUACAGUCACAUUAUCCAGAUUAUGUGUCAUCACCAAUGUCUCUAAGCACACAAAAUGAAAAUAAAGAUAUAAUAGCAGAAAAUCAAGCGUUACAGCCUGUAGAAAUGAAGCCUAUUGAGUCAGAUUUGAAUGAAGUAACGAUAGAUGAAAAUCGAAUUGUACAACCUAAUGCUGGUUUGAGUGGGUUGUACGAAUUUGUACCAGCCACAAAAAUUAAAGGUAUGGAGGACUGGAUAUUAGAGUCACAACACUAUGGCUACUACAAAGAAGGUGCAAAUUUUUCAGUAAACAUUGAACAAGAAGGAGUACUUACAUUUCCACAGUAUCUCAAUAUAUAUACAUAUGAAGAAGACAACGAUAGCAAAUUUUUAUCACCAAAGAAAGGAUCUACUGGAGUUUUAGAUUAUUAUCUCCUGGAUGGUGCUUCUGUGUUGCCGGUAUUGGCUUUGGACUUACAGCCCGGCGAUGUUAUAUUAGACAUGUGUGCAGCGCCAGGAGGGAAAACCUUAAGCAUACUCCAGACUCUCAUGCCACGUUUGAUAGUCGCUAAUGACAUUCAAAAGUCCAGAGUGCAAAGGAUUCACAAUAUUAUAGAUCAAUAUCUAGCCGGUAUUGGGCAAUGGCACGACAGACUAUUUGUAACACAGCAAGACGCGAGAUUUAUCGACGACAAAGACAUGUACAAUAAGAUUUUGGUGGAUGUACCGUGCACCACAGACAGACACGUCCUACACUCGGAGGAAAACAACAUUUUCAAGCCACAAAGGAUACGGGAGAGAUUAAAAAUGCCUGAGUUGCAAGCGGAAAUUUUAACUAAUGCGUUAAAAAUAAUAACAGUUGGCGGAACAGUCGUGUAUUCUACUUGUUCCCUCAGUCCUAUUCAGAACGACGGAGUCGUCGGUAUGGCGCUGAAAAAGGCCUGGGAGGAAACCAAUUCAAUUAUGGUUGUAAAAGAUAUGAAAAAAGCAUUGGAUCCAUUGAGAUGCCUUUAUAAAUUCGGCAAUUUUGGAUUAAAAUACGGUCAUAUCGCCAUUCCUACACUUGGCAACAAUUGGGGUCCUAUGUACUUUUGUAAGAUAAUGCGAACGCGGUAAUGACAAGUGCUGCAAAAAACUUAAAAUCUAAGAAUGUUACAGGCAUUAGUUGUUAUAUGUAAUAAAUAAUUAUUAUUUUGUACAUACAAGA